CUGUUUUUACCAGCAGUUGAGUAGAGCAAGACGUAAACAGAGCGGCAUGAUCAUCGUUACAGAUGCGAUGUUUGUAAUAUAAAAGCCAAUUCAACAUGUAACUUGUUUGGUAAAGUUUAUUUAAUAAGUUUGCCUGUGAUUAAUCCAUUUUAACUCCUGCAAUUGAGUUAUUUUAAUGUAAAAAUGUCAACGCUCGUUCUGGACAAUGGUGCAUACUAUGCCAAAAUCGGAUACAGCCAUGACAAAGUCAGUGUUAUUCCAAACGGUCAGUUCCGAACAAAGACCUCCAGAUUAAAGACGUACACUGCCAGUCAGCUGGAUGAAAUCAAAGACCCGUCUGGACUCUUUUACAUCCUUCCUUUUCAAAAGGGAUAUCUCGUAAAUUGGGAUGUGCAGCGCAAAGUAUGGGACCACCUGUUUGGAAAGGAGAUGUUUAAGGUGGAUUUCGCUGAUACCAACAUUGUGAUAACCGAACCGUACUUUAAUUUCACCUCAAUUCAAGAAUCCAUGAAUGAGAUUUUAUUUGAGGAAUAUCAGUUCCAGUCAGCCCUCAGAAUUAACGCUGGAUCUUUGAGUGCCCAUCAAUACUUCCAUGAGAAUAACUCGGAGCUGUGUUGCAUCGUGGUGGACAGUGGUUUUUCCUUCACCCACAUUGUCCCUUAUUGCAGGGGAAGAAAGAUGAAAGAGGGGAUAUGCAGGAUAAACGUAGGGGGAAAACUGCUGACCAACCAUUUAAAAGAGAUUAUUUCAUACAGGCAGUUGCAUGUAAUGGAUGAGACCCAUGUGAUCAAUCAAGCCAAGGAAGAUGUGUGUUACGUGUCACAAGAUUUCUACAAAGACAUGGAGAUCGCACAAUUGAAAGGAGAAGAUAAUACAAUAAUGAGAGAUUAUGUGCUGCCAGAUUUCAGCUCUAUUAAAAAAGGAUUUUGCAAGCCUCUAGAGGAGAUGAAUUUUACAGGCAAAUAUAAGACUGGGGAGCAGAUUUUGCGACUCAACAACGAAAGGUUUGCUGUCCCAGAGAUGCUUUUUCACCCUUCUGACAUCGGUAUUCAGGAGAUGGGUAUACCAGAGGCUUUGGUAAACUCCAUUAACAACAUGCCAGAGGAGAUGCAGCCUCACCUCUACAAGAACAUUGUUCUUACUGGUGGCAACACCUUGUUCCCAGGAUUCAGGGAUCGGGUUUACAAAGAAAUCCGUGCCCUCGCUCCUGUAGAAUAUCAAGUUCGUGUCGUGCUGCCACAAAAUCCCAUUUGCUACCCGUGGGAAGGAGGAAAGCUAUUGGCAGAAAACCCGGACUUUGAAGAAAUGGUGGUCACGCGAGAUGAUUAUGAUGAAAAUGGACAUUAUGUAUGCGAGGAAAAGUUUGAUAUUUAAUUUGUCUGCAGACACAGAAGAAACAAAAUGUGCACAACUCAUGCAUCUUUGAUGCCACACAUUGACAUUUUCACAUGACAGUCUGUGUGGUCUGUUGAAUAAUGUGAUGGAACCUUUUUAUUUUCUUUAAAAAGUUUUUGUAUAUACUGUAUGUGAUAUAAAUAAAAAUCUUUUUUUACUCGCA